AUGACAGCAGGGUCAGACGGGCCCGCGGCCGCCACCUCCAUACCUGUAUCCGGCAGUCCAUCACCGGGCUCCGAAUUCAACAACACAAAGCUCCAUCUCCUGCUUCCCGCCACCCGGAGCAACGUCAACCUGUGCAAGACGCUGCUCACUCUGACCAUCCUGGGCUAUCCCACUCCCCACAUCAUUGGCUGGGAGGCGCAAGACGGCGACGAGGCUCUCCGCGGCGGCGGCUCGCACUUGGCCAAGAUCACCGCCGGCCUCGAGUACGUCAACGAUGCCGAGCGCCGCAAGCAGCCGGGCUUCGACGACGAGCUCAUCUUCAUGAUUGACAGCUACGACAUUUGGUUCCAACUGCCGGUCGAGGUCCUCAUCGCGCGGUACCGGGCCAUUGUCGCCCAGGAGGACGCCCGUGUCGCCCGGCGCAUGGGCCGUGCCUUUGACCGCGAGGGCAUCCGCUCCCAGGUCAUCUUUGGAGCGGGCAAGCGCUGCGCGCCCAACCAGCUCCACACCGUGGCCUGCUACCCCGUCCCGGAGUCGCCGCUGCCCAUGGACCUCCGUCGCGGCAACGCCGACACGCUCCUCGGCCGCAACAUCUUCAGCAACUUCCGCACCCGGUACCUCAACUCGGGCUACAUCAUCGGCCCCGUCGGAGCCGUGCGCCCGAUGCUGGAAAAGGCCAAGGAGAGGCUGGACCAGUGUGCCCAGCGAACGGCAGCUUGGUUCGACAACGGCUCGGGCCGCUCAGAUGAGUGCUACCAUGGGAGCGACCAGAGCAUCUUUGCCGACAUGUACGGGGAGCAAGAGAUUCAUCGCGAGGUGAUGCGCCGCCGCCACCGCACUCUUCUCGACGACUGGCUGGACGUGGUGGUUCCCAAUCGGCCCGGAGCCCGGCCGGCUCCGUCCCACGUCCUGAACCUGCCCGUCCAAGACUAUCUGAAGCCGGCUUUUACACACCAGGCCUACCGAGCGUCCCAUGCACCUGGCGGGAAGCCCUUUGAGUUUGGCAUUGGCCUCGACUAUUGGUCCCUCUUGGGGCACCAGACGGCCAACGCAGAGUUCGAUUCCCGCUACAUCCGACACGACAAGGCUCUGGAGCCGCAGGUGGGCCAGCAGGGCAUCUUUGACUGCGCCGCCAAGGCCCCGAUGCCCACGGACGUGCCCCAAGAGGCGGCGGUGCUCCGGCUCCUCGAUGACGGGCCCGACCGGUGGGAGACGAUGCCGCUGUACACGGAAAUCUGCGUGGGCAGCGUGCCCGUCAUGAUCCACCACAACUCGGUGGACAAGAGCUGGCGCGAGAAGCAGUGGAACCAGACAUGGUGGCACGGAUGGUCGCGCAGGCUGCUCGAGGAGCGGCAAAAGGCCGGGACGCCGCAGCUCAUGGAAGGGGUCCCCACGGACAAGGGAACGAGGCUGCGGUGGGAAAAGCUGUGUCCUCACGAGGUGGAGGGGGAGCUGUUUAGAGACGCGGACCAGGUCUCUUGA